AUGGCCGAGUUUAGCGAUGGCUUGGACUCUAUCCCCGACACUCUGCCUACGGAGGGCAUCAUUGUACCCCUCCAAGACGACCCGAACCACAAUCGCGUCGUCGGCCUUAUCGAAUCCGCGCCGGACUCGGCCGUCACCAACGUGUCUCUCCCCAUCGCUGACUCGAUGAUGUCGUGGGGAAGAGGCCCGGAAAAUACCCACAUGUACGAGCCCAAGACCGAGGUGCGGGUGCCAAAGUGCGCCUUCAAGAUCCUGCUCUACAAGGAAGGCUUCGACGCGGCUAGGGACAGACAUCCGCACCCGUGGCUCCGUGCGCAGCAGGAUGACGAGUCGUUUGCAUUCUACAUUUGCACCAAGGCCACCAACGGCAUCUGGGUCAACAACCAACACCUCCUCUCCCACGACGCCAAGAAGCCGGCGUCCCCCGCCCACCACUGGAUGCGGCUCUACAACGGCGACCAAAUCAUUGUCUGGGGCAGCCUCGACGCCGACAAGACCAAGGUGACGUUUCGCUGCUUUUGGGGCGCGUCCGAGGCGGACCGCCCCGAAUCGGAGCAAGUCCCCGCCCCGUGCACGCCGGGCUCGCCCGCCGCCUCGACGAGAUAUGCCUCAAGGCCGAGCGGCGCUCGCGGUCCGACAACAUGUACCGCCAGCAGAUGGACAUGGCCGUCCGCGAGCACUCCCUCAGGGAGAGGAACUGUAUUCUUGAAACGCGCUUCCAGCCAUUGGGAUAUCCCCAAAAGCAGAGUCCUAUCGUCCGCCAGCUACCAGAUGCUAGGCCCUACACAAUAG